UAAUUAUUGUAAAUAAGCAUAAAAUAUAUGGCAUUUAUAUUUUUAAUUUAAUUUAAUUUAAUCACUCAUGUACAACAAUUUUCAAUAUUUUUUGUGAACAUUUUGAAAUUUAUUUUAUAACACAAUAAUAAUAAUUUAUAACAUAAUCGUCCAUUAAAAUUCAAGUAUCAGACUAAAAUUGUUCAUUUAGCGGAAAAAGGUACGAUUUUAGCGGAAACGGGCCAAAAUUUUAAUGGGCCAAUUACCGUGUACCUUUUUGAAAAGGGGGUUUAUUGUGACCCAAUUCUCGGAUGCCCAAAUAUUUAUCUUAUGUGGAUAGAAUAGAUAAUAUACAUUUGUAUAAUAUUAUCUUUUUGUCUUAUUUAAAUAAACUAAACAGUUAUUUUACUAUCCAGAUAAUUAAUUUGAUUUUUGAUUUUCGAUGUUUGAUAUUCAGUAAUAUCGUCGAAAUGCGAGUACCUAAUUUUCAAUUUUUAAUUUAAUAUUAAAAUAUAAUAACUUGUACUACUAUAUGUGUACUACUAGUCAUGCGUGCCCGUCAUGUAUGACAGAUUAUAACGAUCAAUGAAAUGUUCAAAAUGGCUGGAAUUGAAUCCAAAUGCUUCUAGAUAUUUUCGCAGUACAGACCUUAAUACGAAAAUAAUAAAAAUGUAGCAUACAAGGGGUCAAAGGUUGUCGACGUUAUCGUGCAAGUUCUGAGAUUUGUCAUAAAAACAACAUACAUAUUAAAGGUACAAAUGCAAUAGAGUGGAACUUCUCCCACUAAUUGGCCUUGAUGUCCAAGUGUUUGUAUGAUAUUUUGGGUACACACUAAAGAUAAAAUCGUAUGCCACCAUACAACACAACGUGAUAUAAAGAAUAAUCCGUACUUCAGUACACUCUUAUAGAGAAUAAAUAUAUCAAGACCUGUGUUAUCGGUGUUGUUCCGAUCCAACUGUUCGAAACUAUAAUAAUUGAGUAAGUAAAGAGUAGUAUAUUAUUUUGAAUAGAAUGUUUAUUUUGACUCUAGUAUAUUACAUGUGAAUAUUUAAGAAUAAAAAAAAACAAAUAAUGAAAAACUCCAAAGUAUAUCAUCGACUGAAAUAUGUAAGUACAAAUGAAAACUUAUAAUAUUAUUACAUUUAUAUUUAUGUUUAUUUUAAUAUUAUUAUUAUUAUUAUUAUUAUUGUUAUUAUUAUUGUUGUUAUUAUUAUCAUUGUUAUUAUAAUUAUAGUUAUUAUAAUUUUUAUUAUUUUUAUUUUCAUUUUCAUUUUUUAUAUUUUAAUCAAAAUUGUCCCUUGUUUUUUUAUUUAGAUAUUCGUAUUAUUAAUUGUUUCCUAUAAUGAUUUUUUUGUUGGGUGUUUAAUGGUAUUCUCGUCAAUUUUAUUCUCACAACUACGAGAUCCUUCAUCGCCAAUAAAAUUAAAUGCUAACGAAGCAUCUUGGAUAGGUAAGCAAAUUGAUGAAUAUUAUUAUUUUUAUUUUAUCCGGUUUCCUCAGUUAUUUAAGGUUGUCUUCCAGGCUAUUUAAGGUUGUAAACCUCUACACACACAUAUCCAGACGUAUAGGUACUCAAAUUCAAUAUGUUGGAAUCGUUGAAUUAAAAUUGCAUGAUGUUUUAUUUUUUCAGCUAGCAUUCCAUCACUCAUAAGUCCUCUUGGUUUGCUUAUCAUUGGAAUAUUAACCGAUAAAAUUGGUAGGAGAAAAGCGUUUCAAAUUUCAUUUAUACCAAUCAUUGUAAGUUUUCUUAUACUAGCGUAUUCAAAUACCUAUGAAACAAUUCUCAUCGGAAGAACCGUUGGAGGUCUCAUUUUUGGUAAGUUUAUUUUCGCUUAUUGGUUUAAAUACAGGUGUAGUAAAAAUUAUAUAUUAAUGUUAAUAAAUGGUUAAUAUAUAAUUUAGAUAACAAUUUAUAUUUAUUAAUUUUCGACAAAAGAAGCAAAAUCUAUAAUAUCUAAAUAAUUGUGACCCACGAACCCAGUUAUUUUUGACUCCCGGCAUACAAAACUACAUUUUUUGGCAUCAAAAAAAAAAUUAAAUAUGUGAAUAAUCUAGUAAUGAACCAAAGCUUGGACCACAUUGAUAACCAAAAUACUUGUAUAAUAUCAAAACUAGAAUCCAUUAUAAAAUAAAGAAUUGCUUAUAUAAUUGCUAUAUAUCCAUGCCUGCACCAACCACUCUUACAUCCUACAUCACUCUAUAUAGCCAUCGUUGUCGAGACAUUCCCCGUUGCCGUUUCCUGGAUACGUUUUUUCGAUCAACUCGGUUUCAAUAAGAUCGCCGUCCGUUCGUCACAGAUUUUCGGUCCACUCAAUCAGUUUGGUCAAUAUAUAUGGCAUAAAUUUAAAAAAUUUCGUCUACAGGAUCGUAUUUAAGCGCAAGUAUUUAUAUUGCGGGCUGUAGCCUAUGGCGCCCACGCCAGAAAAGCUAAUAAUCCGGAAAAAAAUAAGUAUUUUUCUCCCAUUCUAUCCGUGCCUUUAUUUGCUUGAAUAAUUGAUUUAUUUUGUAGAUACAAGGUAACACAGUAGUGUAUCGUAUAGACAUUCGUUUUUACCAUAAGAAAAAUCGAGUAACUGAAAGUAGCUCAAGUUUCAACACUAACAUGUUCUGAGAGUGCGAUUUCUUUUGACGGAAUAUUUGUAUUAUUUAUUUUACAGGAUCUGACUCUUGCAAAUUUGUAUAUGCGUCGGAAAUAUGUACACCAGAUCGACGGCAGCUCCUUUAUUCCGUGAUGUUCAUGUUUGUGGGCUUCGGCAUGAUGACAGAAAGCAUAUUUGCAAUGUUUCUGCACUGGCAAACCGUUUCAUUGAUACUCGCAGUGAUGAGCGCCACCGGUGUGGUGGCACUGUUCGCAGUACCGGAGUCGCCUACAUGGCUGAGGGCACAUGGCCGCGUACAAGAAGCCGAGCGCGCGGAACAGUGGUUGGGAUUAGAAUCCGGGGCAUCGGUGACCACGGUCGACAGUGAUGAAUUGAGCAAUAAUCACACUGGCGCCACUGCCAACCGGCAGGACGCGUCUCCAUCAUCACCGACGUGCUGGUCGUUGUACACCCGUCGAAGCGUAUGGUUACCCAUGUUGAUAAUGUUGGCGUUCUUCGCCUGCCAGGAGGGUAGUGGCCUGUACGUAAUACUCUCUUACUCGGCCGACGUGCUACGGGACUUCAAGGUCCAGUGGAACGAUACCAUGGUCAAUGCGUUCAUCGCCUUGUCCCGAGUGAUGGGCAGUGUGAUGUUCACGCUAAUGUACAAUGUCAAACGCAGGACAUUGGCUAUCACUUCGUUCUCGGGCAUGACCGUGUCACUGAUAGUCAUUUUCGCAUAUGGGAAAAUAUUCCCGAACACGGAUAGGCCAUUCGGUGACCUCGUAUUAACUGCCGCAUUCGUAAUUUACAUGUUCUUUACCCUGAUAGGCGCAGUGCCAUUACCCUGGACGCUGACCAGUGAAGUAUUCCCCAGUGACGUCUCAGGUAGUUACGAUGACGACUAUUAUUGGUUCAUUCACCCUUUAUGUAAUGUUGCAACAAAAUCGUUCCGUACUUUGACGAUCGAAACUCUCGUGAUCAGUUUAUCACAAACGAGCACAUUAUACUUUAAAUAACAAAGAGUAAUUACUAUGUCUUGAUCGGAUAAUUUUUUUUUAUAAUAUUAAAAAAAAACUCACCAAUUUGCACGAAUCAAGUUUAACGAUUUUGUAUCAAUAUAUAGGUUAUUUGAUUUAAUUUAAACCAUUACUAAAUUAUAAAGAAAUUAAAUGUCCCUUUGCUCUAAACUCAAUCGGAGAUUCCACCGUGAAAGUGCGGAAUGGUUUUGUUGCUAUAUGUAUUGCACGCGAGACACAGGGAAAUCAAAUUUUAUUGUAGUAGACCCUUAACAUAAUAUUAUAUUGAUGUGGCUAUUCAAUUGACUGUAUCGAUUUAGAACUAAGAUUUCUGUCUAAAUUAUCGAAUUGAAUUUAUGACUGUACGAUUCGUAUAAUUUUUCGUAAACUAAAUAAAAAUACAAUUAAAAUUAAUUUAAUAAGUUUACUGUUAAUCUUAUAACAAACAAUUUUUUAAUGAUAAUUUUAUUUUCAGGAACUAUGAAUGGUGUAGUACAAACAAUUUCAUUCAUCAUGAUGUUUGCAGUCACUAAAUUAUAUCCAUCAAUGGUUAUGCAUUUAGGGGUAGAAAAUGUUUGGCUUAUAUUUACAAUUGUUGCUAUACUAGGUGUUCUUUUUAGUAUUUUCAUAAUGCCAGAAACUAAAGGAGUACCUCUUAAAGAUAUUUUAGCGAAAUUUGAGUCUCCGAAGAAAAUAACACAAAACGUGUAAAAUUAUAAUAUUAAUAUACAGUAUAAUCUAAUUUUUAUUUUCUUCGAUUUACGGUGUUUUUUCUUAGGACGGUAAUAUAUAUUUAUGAUCAUCAGAAGUACUCUUUUUCGUAGGACAGUUCUUUUUUGAUUCAUUGUCCUAUGUCCUUAGCAAUAGUGUAGUGUUAAAUACAUA